UCUAACUUGCCACGAUGGUUUGUUUUCGUUUGGGUUUUGAGAGGAAGUGAAUUCUACAUUGACGUUGUCAGUUGGUUUCAAAUUCUACUUAAAUAACCGGAUUUUAACUUAAUUACCUCUCAGCUGUUAUCACAUUAAGGCUGCGUCUGUUUGCGGGACUGUGUGGCUUCCUCUGCAGCGCUCUUACAAACAUUUCUGCAUAUUUAGCGAACAUCAGCCAAGCAGGAUAUUGAUUUAAGCAAGCACAAGCUAAGCAGCGAUACCACUCAUGUUGAUGAAAAAGAGAGGUCAUACGUGUUUAAUAUUGUCCAGCAUGGCCUCGUUAGUCCUGCUCAUGAUGGUGCUGUACGGCAGCAUCAGCAGCCAGCAGGCUGGCGGCUCCAGCCUCAGACGGGACUACCAGCUGCUGGGCAGACCGCUGUACAAGCUGGACCUGACCUGGCCCAAAUACCCGGAACUCUUCACUGGGCAGGUGUUUGGAGUGGCUGUCAACCAGUAUGCUGGUGUGGUGUAUGUGGCACAGAGAGGUGACAAUGUGCCUAAGGUGCUGGUGUUCACCACAGAUGGAGAUUUCCUCAUGGCCUGGAACACAACCACCUUGGAGAUGCCUCAUGGGAUAUUUUUAGCAGAUGCUGCCUCAUCAAACCCUACAGUCUGGAUCACGGAUGUGGGGAACGGCCCGUACGGCCACUGCAUCAAACAGUACUCACCAUCUGGGAAGCUUCUGGAGGUACUUGGUACACCAGGGAAGCCUGGCACUGGGUUGUCCCCUCUGGAAUUUGACCAGCCAGCUGAGAUCUUCGUUCAUGACUCUGGGGAAAUGUACAUCGUGGAUGGUGAUGGUGGGAUGAACAACCGCCUCAUCAAACUGUCAAAAGAUCAGGAGGUGUUGUGGAUGCACGGAGAGAAAGGACAAGGCCUGGCUCAGUUCUACAUCCCCCACAGCGUGACUGUGGAUAACGUCCAGAGGGUGUGGGUGGCCGACAGGGGGAAUAAGAGGAUCCAGGUCUUUAACUCCAUCACUGGGGAGUGGCUGGGCACAUGGGGAAGCUGCUUCACUGAGGACGCGCCUUACUCUGUCCGCCUGACCCCAGACAGGAAGUACUUUGUUGUUGUCCAGCUCAACACCAAUCAGAUUUCACUGCUGGAUGCACCACCAGUGGGUUUGAUUGGCCAGUGCAGAGUGGUCAGUGUGAUUCAGCUGUCUGAAGAAGUCAAGCCCCACCUGGUAGACCUGGACCUGAAGACAGGGGCCCUGUAUGUGGCUGAGAUUGGAGCCCAGCAGGCCCAGAAGUUCACCCCCUUCAGUCUGGGUGGGAAUUUCCUGUAGAGCCACACUAGGCUGGAACUGAAAUGGCAUGAUUGAUCAGAAGCCUACUGCGCCAAUCAUAAGCAUUACCAAUUAUUUAGAAAUGGACCAAAAAUGUCCACAGAUAUUAUUCUGUCAUUUGCAAUCUUAAUAUCCAGAAAAAAAUCUCAUUGCAAUUCAGCCAGUAUAGUAAAGGCUAACCAUUGCGUCAUUAGACAGCUAAGAUAUCUUCAGACUAGAUGUGUUCAUUGAAAAAGUUAAUAAUAUUCAGCAUUCAAUAGUAAAAUAGAAUUCAACAUAAAAAGAUUGCUAUUACAAGACAGGACUGUUUUAAAGUAUUUUAUCGUAGAGCAAAUGUAAAAAUAGGCUUUAGUCAUUCCAAUCAUUUGUUUUAAAGGAAUAGUUCAAAAUUUGGGGAAAUAUGCUUAUUCACUUUCAGUCAGAGAGUGAGAUGGGAAGAUGCAGUGUUUCUCAUCAAUGACCUAGACUGUGGUGGCUCGUGUUUUGCACCGUUGCUUCAGUGAUGUUGAAGCUCUUGGUGCUCGUGAGUUGUUCAUGUGAAAUGAUUCAGGUGCACUCAGCUGCCAACACUGGAGCCCUGCUGCAGCUGCAUUCAGGUUAAAUAUGGGCAGCUUUAGCUACUAGCAACCGCUACUACCUAUAGACAUGCUAAGCUAACCAUCACGACUCCAAGUUAACACAAAGCUGCAAUUUCAGUAUGUAAUAUUUCGCAGAUAAGGAGAGGAAUUACUGAGAGAUAGAGCAAUACAUUUAUCUCAGUGCUGGCGCUACAAGUGUAUUUCAUUUAAUCUGGGGGGAAAAAACUGUAAAACAGUUCAAUAUUGUCUAGUUUCAGGCAUCGGUGUGCAAAGCAUGACAACAGCAUGACUGACUAUUAAUGUUAAAGUCUUGUCUUAAGGUUGUCUAAGAGCAAAACCAGCUGUAUUGGAAAGAAAUGGCUCAUUUCUGUUUCUGUGCUCCGGUGUUGAGUGCAGCGAAGGCAGCUGGACUUAUUUUGAACCAGACGACAGCGCAGCCUCCUCUGCUGCCACCCAGUGUGGUUGGUUGGUUCUUCAUUCACUCAUGCCAGCCACUGCCCGAGUAUUGGGAGUGACUGACAGGCUUCACCACCUCUGAGCUGACAGCAGGUUCAGCGACACCCUGAAAGUCUCAGUAAAUGCAGUUAAACAGUCCUUUUUUAAUCUUAGCUCAACUGAUCUCUCUGAGCACAGUGGCACAAAACAUUAAACCUGCAUUAACUGAAGUUUUAUCCUCCUGUGAAACAAGCAGAAACAAGUAAUAAACACAACACAAGCUCAGAAAAUAUAGUUGGUUAUAAUUAAUGUGAUGUCUUCAAAUGUCAUAUUCUGUCCGAAUCCAAAUAUAUGAGAAGCUGAUAUUUUUCUUUAAAAAAUUGGUUUAUCAAAUUAGUUGCCGAUUGAUUUUCUGUCAAUUGACUAAUCAUUACAGCUCUAAUGUUUUCUCCUUGUGUUUUCAGUAGAAAUCAAUAGUGACCACAAAAACAUUAAGAGAGCACAAAAUUGUUUAGAAGAGCACAAAGUUCCUCAUAGAUCUGGUCUCUUAAUUUUGCUCUCAAAGUGCACUAGAUUGAUGCAUUUAACUUUAAAAUGUACAAAAUGUUCUGGGGGAGCACGCCCCCAGACCUCUCUAAAUCCUUAAGGAAAUGCUGAGAUGGAUUUCAUGUUCAGUUCAGAGCCAAGCCCAACCUAGCUUAGCAUAAAGACUGGAACCAGGGGCAAACAUCUGGCCUGGCUCUGUCCAAAAAUGUUCAAAAAACACCUACAAUACCAACACGUCUAAAGCUCACUAAUGAACGUGUUGUAUGUGUUGUUUUUUUGGGGGCAUUUAGUGGUUCUAGGGGGAGUUAUGUGCUAGAGCUAUCUCUUGGCAAACAACAGUGUUUCCAUACACCCGAUAGUUGUGUGCUGCAUAUCCGGCUACACUGUUUGUACAGAUAUAAAAACAAUAAACAGUGUGUUAAUUAGUGAGCUUUAGAGGUGUUUGAACUUAAGACAGAGCCAGGCUAGCUGUUUCCCCUGUCCAUUUAUGGCUGUAGCUGUAGCUUUGGCUAAUGUGGCUACUCUUUGCAGCUCCUUAUGUACUAACAUUAGCUAAAGAAACAUUGUAAAGCCAGACAAUAUUACUAGUCUCACACAUAAUAUCUCAUAAGACAUCCAUGCUGUAUGCUACUGUCAGAGCUCAGCCUCAGAACUGAACUAUGGAGAACCUUUCAGGGUAUCCAUUGCUUCCCCCUGCUUCCAGUCUUAAUGCUAAGCUAGGCUAACCACGUCCUGACUCCAGCUCUUUACUGAACACACAGAUAUGAGAUUGAUAUCUAUAAACAUGUCACUCUCUGACAGAAAGCAAAUUAGCAAAAUUUCACAAAUAUGGAGCUAUUCCUUUAAACCUGCAUUUCAAAACUGUCUCCCCCCUCUGGCAGUGAGAAUAAUUACAAUAACAUUGCCAACAUAUACUUAUGCCUAUUCCAUUGCUACUGUUGUGGCUGUAAAACAGCAGAUAAAUUGUUUUUGGCGUCACACAACUUCUGCGAAAUGGCUCGUUUCACUAGCAUAAUUUGAUCCAUUCGGUCUGAUAACAUUUGGAAAGUCUGGAAGAGCCGCACGAUUCAAUUUUACUUGAAUUUUAUCCCUAUUCAAGUUAGCAGAGAGCUAACCGGAAGUUAGUUGGCUUGGCCAGCGGAAGUCUCUAGUGUGCAUGCUCUGCCCAUAGAGCAUGUGCAGAAUGCAUUCAUCCAGCCAGUGCGGGAAUAUCAAACCUGACACCAGAUUUAAAACGUCAUAAACUGUGAAAUACAGAGAGGUUUACCAGGCGAUGAUGGGUUUAAUCAACAUUGUGUGAACUCGUUUGGCAAGGCCUUGAAUGUAACGGACAUUCAUUUAUAUGUAAAAGUCCAACGCUAUAGCUUUAAGAAAAUAUUCUUAUGUGUAUGCAGGCUAGAUAGGUUAUCACUUUUUGAAACAAAAUCACUUCUGUUUUCAAUACAGUAAUAUGCUGUUUAAGAAAUCUUGAUUUCUUCACAAUAGAUAAGGGUAUCAUGUUGUGUAUUUGGUAUUGGUCUACCGUUGGGUGAUGAAUUUUUCAUUAUUUUCUGCUUUUUAAAGUUAUGUGCCAUUUGUACUGUUCUUGAAUUUGCACUGCUUGAAAAGAUCUGGGUCCUGUUUCCUAAAAUAUCAUAAGGCUAAGACGAUCUUAGCCCAUAGACGUACAAUGGGCCUACAAUCAUCAUAGCCUCAAGAUGCUGAUGGGAAUCGUGGCCGAGAGCUUCUAUGUGUCCUUUCUUCACUGCAAACACUUAAACUCUUCUGUGCUUUCCGCCGGUUAAGCCUUUUGCCAGUUUAUGGCUGUUUUACACAGUUUUUAUGCAUUUGUAAGGUUACACAUGUAUACAUGUGCAAAAGGCUAGAACUGAAUUGUGUUGCACAUUGUUUGAUCUCAUUGUCUAUGAAUGUUAAUGUUACUGAAUCUGAAAGCACUUCAUCAUAAUGCAGUGAUUGUGGUUGAUUCCUUUGUUCUAGGUGUAUAUAUUAUCCUCAUUAAUCUUGAUGUAUCUGUAUUGCAGAAUCACCUGUAUUGUGAUAUUGUGAUUGUCAUGUCUGAGAAAAGAAGCCCUAAUAAUGUCAUCAGGGUUAUAUCAGCUUGGCUUGGAGAGCCUGAGUUACUAACAGGAGAUGUGGAUAUUGAUGGAUGGUCUUUUUGAAUGGCCUAACAACAAGAUGCUGUUCCAUCCAGGUUCCAGCAUUUUUCAGUUUGACCCAUACUACAGACUAAAAAUCAUAAUAUCUUUGCAUCUGCUGCUUUGAUUUGGACCAUUAUUUUUUUCUUUUUUAAGCUGUCUUUAAUAAGUCCUACAGCUUUAUGGAAGUGCAACAUGAAACCAUUGCAGUUCCCCCUAAUUGAUUACAUGAUUAAUGUGUUUUAUUUAUUUAUUGAGGUUUCUUUUCUGGGUGAUUUUAACUACUUGUGAGUGUUUUUUUUUUUUUUUUUUUUAAACUUCUUCAAUAUAUUUUGCCUGAAUAAUAUAUGUGAAUAUCAUAUAUAGGCAGAUUUCUUCUUUUGUAAAUUGUAAAUGAACUCUUAUGUAGUUAUUAAUCCAGUUGUUUCCAUAAUUUUAUAAUUCAUACCACAACCUCCUUAUCAUUCCCAUAUUCAGUCUGGCAAAAUUCUGUAGUAGUAACUUAAUUAUCUAAAGAAAGCAGACGGAUUUCUUGUGAUGGAUUAAUUAUCUACAAUCAUGUUUUUGUGGUGUCAUAUUCAUGUGACAGAUGUUUAUCCUGAGAUAAUUAUGUCAUGAUAAUUGCACAAAUGAAAGGUAUCAUCUUUAUUGUUAAAUAAUGAGAAGGUUAAGUUAUCUUGAGAAGAAACCAUUCAAAAUGAUUACUUGUUAUGCACAAGAUGUACCAUGAUGGAUCUUUAUGUCCUGAUAUACUUUUGGAAACAGUGUUGUAUAUUAUGCUGAAAGAAGUGAUGUGAGUAUUAUACAGUAUGUAAGACAGGCAGUGUCAUUUACACUCACUGGACAAAUGAAUCACAUUUUGGUUUAUUUUGGUUUAUUUAGGUCAAUUUUUAUCAUUUUCGGUGGGUACAUUGAGGUGUGACAUCAUGCAUUUCUUUGCAUACAGAGCUUUGAAUAAUAAUCUCUUGUCUGUUAAUGGGUGCAGUGUUGGAAAAUGCAUCUUAAGGCUUCCUCCAAUAAGGACGACACAGUGAAUCCUCUAACAUACAAACCUGUUAUAUGUACUUGUACAUGUGGGUAAGUUAUGUGAGUGUGGGCCAUAUAUGUAAAAGUUGUUUAAAUUUUUUAAUUUGCUGUAGAUAAAUAAUUUUUAUUUUUCAUUUUUAAGUCACUUUAAUUUUUGUUUUUGAUGUCUUAAGUCCAUACUGGCUGGGAACCCAAAGGUGGA